GCGAGUAUCUAGAUAUCUAUGGUUUGUGCAAAAUGUAGGUGGCUGUGUGUUAGGGAAGAGAGAAGGGUGAGAUGGUGGAUGCGCCGGGCCAUUGCGCCGACUCUGACGACGACGACCAAAAACGACGGAGGCACACGCAUUCCCCCAUCUGCAUUCCCAAUACAGUAUCUCGACCCCAACUUUUUGGAAUGGUGAGGAAAGCGGAGGAAAAUUAAAAAAGAAUUUGGAGCAAAGGGAAGUAGCAGCAGAUCAGUAUAAUAAUUAGUGCGUCAGUUCGUCGCGUUGAAUCUAAGGUGGAUUGGGAAUAAGUAGAGUUGUAUUAUCGUUGAAAUCGGAAGAAGUAGAAGCAGCAGCAUUCGAUGCACCUCCGUGGCUAUUGAUCGGGGCUUCCCCCCUAUGGCGGCGGCAAUUUGAAGAUCAUUAGUAACACGCACGUACGCAGCAGCAGCAGCAGAAGCAACCUUUCUCUCCUUCUCGAGUGUUACGUGAUGGAUAGCGGCGUCUGCGGAUGUCUGCCCCAGCUCGCCACUGGACCGGUAUCGCCAUGGUAGCGGCCCCGAGGCCAGCGUCGCCGAGGGGAGUCCGCGCUCGCCCAUGGAGAUGAGGUCCACUUCAGCGCUCCUAGUCCUCCUCGCCAUCUACCUGCCCGCUCCUCUUCCCGGCCAGAGACUCGUCCCACCUAGGAAGUAUCAGGCCACAGACGACGACGACGACGGCAGUUCAGCCCAUCGUCAGGUCGCACCCGACGUUCACUACGACACCGAUGCUAAUUAUACAGAGGAUGGAAUGUUUUUGGGAUCGCCUUGCGAAACGACCUGCGGCCCCAAUCUUAUACACGUCUUCUGCAAUCCGGAGACGAAGUACUGCGAAUGCGAGAAGAAGUAUCCGGUUAGGCUUAAUCCGGCGAAGGGAUGUGAUAAACCCAAGAAACUGGGAGACCAAUGUUACUAUAAGGAGACCUGCGAGUACACGGAUCCGCACGCUUCUUGCCUGCAAGUUCACCACAACGCGGUAUGCAAAUGCAUCCCGGGUUACCACUCGGUUACAGUCAAUCGACCAUCGAAGAAGCUCUUCUGCGCCGAAGAUCUGGAAGUCAUGACGACGGAUCUGUCGACGCUGGCGGGAGUCGUGUCGGGAAUAGCAGUAUUAUCCGGUCUAAUAUGUUUCGUCCUGAAACUGUUCAACCAAAACCUGUACACCGGCCGACAUCGAUACGGUAAUGCCAAUUUGGCACCACCUAUAUUAUUUAAUAGUGACGCUGAAACAAUCGAUUUUCUGAAAACCCCUUAUUCCAAUUUGCAGCCGAUUAAUAGAAACACGUCUCAGCCUAUGUAUGGAAGUUUUUUAGCGGUGAGGGAUGUUACAGGAUCCGUGCCUAUCAUCGACCGUCGCUUGGUGUCGCGAGCCUCCAGUCAGAGAACACUGGUAUCCUCUUCGAGGCGUCCUAGUAGCGCCCCAGGAUGUCGCGGAAUCGCCGUUUCCGCUUCCCGUGCAGGUGCGGCGCGUGCCGCUGCCAUCUUGCUACUCUCUUAUCACGCAACCCUUCCAGAACACUCUGGUUCUAGAAGACCAAGUAUAGCCUCCGUGCAUAGUGGUAAUUCGAUCCGUAGUUAUAGUAUGCGACGGUACGAGAAGGAACGGGAACAGAAGGAGGAACGCGAGAUGCAGAGGAGGUUGGCCAGGUUGCAAUCCUCGAUGAACUCGAGCGGACGCGUCGCUCCGACCCCGAGUCCGCACUCCACCGACGAUCUGCUUCCAACUUUAGAAGAGGACAAGUCGGUAAAUGUGCCGUUGGCCAUAUCAGAAGAGAGCGCUUCAACUAGUUUCCAAGAAGACAUCCCCUCAACCUCGAAACAAUAUCCUUAACCAAAGGCGUUUAGGGUAAUUCGAUAUAGACUGAAAUUAACGCAACACACGCAAGAAGAAGUUGAACGAUGUUGGCCUAUGUCUUUUAAAAAUAAAACAAACAAAAAAAAAAGUAUCUAAACGAAGAUUACGCAGAUUUAAUGAACAACCAAACCUGAAACACAUCAGAAUAUGUGUGAUAUUUGAAAAGAAAAAACAAUAUUCGAAAAUUUUACAAGGAAACAUCCAAAAAUAAACGAAAUGGACGAAAAACUUGAACGUAGAAUUUUUAUCAAAUUAU